GCCAACCCAGCAUAUCAACCUCCUUGCAUGAGGUACGCCAUUGAUGACGAAGAUAUAGAGCAUAAACACUAAACCAUACCCGAAAACAACUCAAUCUAAUCCACAAGAUUGGAGGAGGAAGGUGCCUUUAUAACCCUUCCUCUUUCAAUUUUCUUCCUUGGCUCUCUCUUUUGAGAAAGUUCCAUUUCAAUUCUCCCAUCAUUGGUUUCGGCAUCGACAUUAGGACAAACCCCUAAACGCAUUCAUUCAUGCAUGCCUCAGAUUUUUCUAUUUCCAACCCAAUUUUAAUUGUAUUUAUUUACCAAAGAAUUUCUAGUCGAUAUAAGCAAUAAAAGAUGGCUACCGCGGUGUUCUGCGGUUUAAAGCCGCUGCUAUUUCGUGGCAAGAUGAGCAUUCUUGAGGGAUUGAAAGGCUCGCCUAAGAAGUCUAGCACACCUAAGAAGUGUAGCUCGCCGAAGAAGUCUAGCACACCUAAGAAGUCUAGCACGCCUAAGAAGUCUUCAAGAUCUCAGAGCAAGGGAAAUGGAGAGUCAUUGGAGUUGUCAUUUGUAGGAGCAGACCAAUUGAUCUUAAUGGUGGAGAUUCAUAAGAAGAUCUUAGCAUUCAGGGACAUCAUGGACCUAGCUCCAUGUAACAGCUCUGCUUCCUUACGUGAGAUGGUUAUGAGAACCCUGCAAGAUCUGCAUAAGCUCUACCCAGGGGUUGUAACAAAAUUACAAGUCUCAAGGAUUAUGGACAAGCCUAUAGAUCAGGUUAUGGCCUACUUCUGUGAGGCUUUGAAGUCUCUUGGAGAGUCAUGGAUAAUGGAUACUGAUGGAAUGGACAAGCUCAACAUUGUAUUACCAUCAUGCAAGGAUAAAGGCAACAUGAGUCAAUUGGGUGAAACUAUGCUGGCCCUUCUUGAUUGUUUGAUGAAGGUGGCAUAUGAGAGGUUUGAUAUCAUCCCGGAAGAAGAUGAGCAAAAGAAAGAGUUCAGCCCAAGGUCAAGUAGUCCAUUUGAGAAAUUCAUAAUGAGAUCCUCUUCCUUUUCAGAUAGCACCAGCACCUUCAGCACCUUCUCUGGAAGCUCUUCUCCUGUGACACCAAAAUCAGUACUUCCAGAAAUAAUCAAGUACUCUUCAAAAUCUGGAGAUAGUCCCAGAAGUUCUUGCACCUCACCACUUCUCUUGACUCUCAGGGUUCAAGCUGUUGGAAAGCUUAACCCAAUUGAUCUUAAGCGCUUGUCUUUCCAGAUGACACCAACACGAAUUCACAAGAUAGAAGAGGAACCAGCCAAGGAAGUUGAACUGGGAGAAAAGGUAGCAAGUCCUAAAAGGGACACAUCAGAAGAUCUUGUGUUUGAUCAGAGCCCAACUGAGGAAUCAGAUAGCACAAGUGAUGAUCACAAAAAAUCAGAUAAAGCUCAAGAUGUGGAGCUACCACAAUGUACCAAAGCAGCAGAAACACCUUCUCUCAUGCACCAAGAACCAUUACCUUCACUUGCAACUCCACCUCCUCCUCCUCCUCCCCCACCUUCUAUGAUGGUGAUAAAGCCAAAAACUAUGCUACCACCACCCCCGCCACCACCACCCAUGAAGGUAAUGCAAAAGACUAAGUCACAAGUACCCCCACCACCCCCACCACCUCCCACCCCAUCCAUGAUAAUGUCAAAGACAAAAACAUCACCACCACCUCUGCCACCACAUUUACCUCCGCCUCCCCCACCACCAGCACCGAAAUUGCAGCAAAGUGAUGCAGCAGUUAAGGCGCCUCCGCCUCCACCUGUGCCUUCAACUUCAGGUUCAAAAACAACAGCUGCUGCUACAGCUCCACCACCUCCACCACCACCUAUGAAAGGUGGAUCAGUUCCAGCACCUCCACCACCAAUGCUAUUAGGAAAGGGCGGUGCCCCACCACCACCUCCACCUGGAGCAGGGAGAUCCUUGCGUGCAAAGUCAACUACUAAGUUGAAAAGAUCAACACAAAUAGGCAAUCUAUAUAGAACUCUUAAGGGAAAAGUGGAAGGAUCAAAUUCAAACCUGAAUGGCAAAUCAUCUGCUGGUAAAAAGGGUGGAGUUGGAGGAGGAAAUGCUGGAGGAAAAGGAAUGGCUGAUGCUCUAGCAGAGAUGACAAAAAGAUCCUCUUACUUCCAGCAAAUAGAAGAAGAUGUUCAAAAGUACACAAAACAAAUCAUAGAGCUUAGGCCUAAAAUUUCCAAUUUCAAGACAAGUGACAUGACAGAGUUGAUCAAGUUUCACAGAGAUGUUGAAUCCAUUCUUGAGAAUCUAACAGAUGAAUCACAGGUGCUAUCACGGUUUGAAGAUUUCCCCACGAAGAAAUUGGAAGCUGUAAGAAUGGCUGCAGCACUAUUCAAUAAGUUGAAUUCAAUUCUUACUGAGCUUCAAAAUUGGAAAGUAGUGACUCCCUUGGGUCAGCUCCUGGACAAUGUUGAACGUUAUUUCACCAAGAUCAAAACAGAAUUAGAUGCUUUGGAACGAACCAAAGAUGAAGAAUCUAAGAAAUUCAAGGGUCAAAACAUCCAAUUUGACUUCCACAUUCUUGUAAAGAUCAAGGAAGCAAUUGUGGAUGUUUCCUCAAACUGCAUGGAGUUGGUGCUUAAGGAGAAUCGCGAGGGUGUUGCCAAGAGUGAUGGACAAAAGAAGGUAUCUGGUAAAUUGCUUUGGAGGGCAUUCCAAUUUGCAUUCCGGGUUUACACUUUUGCCGGUGGACAUGAUGAUCGUGCUGACAAUCUAACAAGAGAAUUGGCUAAGGAAAUAGAAAGUGACCCGAACCAUCCAUGAUAUAUAUACACUUGAUUUGUAUUAUGUAUAUGGGGAGUGUGAAAAUUAACAUGGUGAGGUUCUUUCAGGAUACCCAUCAUGAGUCCCUUUUUUUCUUUUUAGUUUCAAAGCCAUUUGUGCAUAGUAAAUGAUUGUUGGCGAUUGGGAGAUAUAAUUUUGAUAGGAGCUAGUCAUGUUUGGAGAGUUUUGAAAAUUAACUGCGACCGAAAGUAUGAAGCUAAACAUGAAGCUUCACCACUGUAGUUUGUCCUAUAUGUAUAUUUUAUAGUGUGUCCCAUAUGUAUAUUUUAUACACAUUAAAUAUAUUGGAGUUUUAUAGUAA